GGGCGAGGAAGCACCUGCUUCCAACAAGGAGGUGGAGAAAAUGCUCUCAUGAAAAGCUCCAACUGCAGUGGUUGGCACUGAAACUUGUGCAGGAGGGUUGGAUUACUCCGAAAGUAUGCACAGGUUAUUUUGAUAAUCUUGUGGGGUGAAUGUUUCUUUGCGGUUUUCCUUUGUGGCUUCCAGGAGUCUGUGGUGUGACUGAAACCCAGUCAGUGUACAUUAUGGAUUGCCUUUGUGGUAAAGUGGUUCUCACAGUUUAUGAUGCAUUUUCGGCUUUAUGUCAGCUGUCAUUUGUCUUUUAGCCAUGGUGAUCUUUGAUUCUGCACCAGCGUCGCGUUUUGUUGCACCGCAAACUUUUGCCAGACUUUGCUGCCUUAGGAUAGGCGAUGCGGUUUUAUCAGACGGCCACGGAGCGCAAACAGAGGAGCUGCGCGAAGAUACUUCUUGACCUGGACUUAUUUGAUCACAGGAUCAGAUACGGCUUUCCGAGAGCGCAGACACACACAUACACACACUUGCAGACAGCGGCACCAUCAGAAGUAAAAGUUGGACUCAAAGUGCACAUUAAGUAAAGCAAACUGAUGCGCGUAAGAAAGGAUGCCAGCCAGGCGUGGCUUGUGUCUGAAUAUCCAAUGUGAGAAUGCGUGGGGAGUAUGUAUAUAAUAGAGUCUUUCUAUUUGAUAAACACAGAUAUCAAACUCAUGAUUACAGCAAAGUACUAUCAAUAAACUGAGAGGACUCCGCUGAUUUGGAGGAGCACGGCGCGCUGCAUGGUACGCUUUUGGCGUGCAUGGACCGGACUUCUGUAAACUUUUCUCCCUCCUGAAUUUACCAACUACAUCCCAAAUGCCUUCGCUUAAUUUGACAGCUGUGCAUACAAUGGCAGAAGUCGGGAGUUUUCUGGGGACACUCGACUUGGAUUUACAAAGCUUUCCUUCGGUGGGGACUAUGCCCGUACCGGAGUCCCCUGUAGGGCUGAAUGAGCGACUGGGGCAGAUUGAAGGCAGGCUGCAGCGGGGGUCUCCGACAGAUUUCGGCCACCUCAAAGGGAUCUUGAGGCGGCGGCAGCUCUACUGCAGGACCGGCUUUCAGCUGGAGAUAUUCCCCAAUGGGACUGUGCAUGGGACAAGACAGGACCACAGCAGAUUUGGUAUCCUGGAGUUCAUAAGUCUAGCAGUGGGUCUGGUGAGCAUCAGAGGGGUGGACGCUGGACUCUACCUCGGCAUGAAUGAGAAAGGAGAGCUCUAUGGGUCGAAGAAGCUGACAGCAGAAUGUGUGUUCAGGGAGCAGUUUGAGGAGAACUGGUACAACACCUACGCUUCAACUCUGUACAAGCACACGGACACGGGGCGCUUCUACUACGUAGCUUUAAACAAGGACGGCUCGCCCAGGGAGGGCGGCAGGACUAAAAAACACCAGAAGCUCACCCACUUCUUACCCAGGCCAGUGGAGAUUGAGAAGAUCCCUCAGGAAUACAGGGACUUAUUCCAAUACAGGUGACCAGCACUUACGCUGGGAGAACUGGUUGUUUCGAAGGAAUAGAAAUAAAAAACAAAAAAAACAAAACAAAAAAACCCACAAAAACACAAAAAAUCAACAAAAAUAAAUAAGUAAAAGAAGUGUGGAUAUUUUGGACCUGUUACAGAACUGUUUACCUUCAUCUCCCCUCUGAGGUUACUGCACCUCAGCCCACUGCCAACAGCAGUGACACAAACAUUGUUCCUGGAUGUCGCUUCUUUGCAUCUGCAGCAGACUUCAGGCAGGAGAUCAAACUUUGCUGUUAAACCACUGCUACCACGGACAAAGGAGACCCUCAUGACUGCCCAGCUCUUGAUGGUUUUGAGCAGCAUUAAGCUGGCAGGAGAAGAAAUGAUCGGUUGUCCACGAGAAGUGACUUUGAGGAGCUAAGGACAUAAAGCACUGCACAUGUCACAAUGUGCACACAGCUAUGUGAUGUUAAAUGGAAGAGAGAGAGAAGGCACAUUCCACAUAUACAGCAGAGACCUGCAAACUUUGUGCUUGUUGAGCGGUAAUUUGGGACGCGCGAUAAGAGUGUCUUUGAGUAAAUUACAAGGCAAACUGGAGUUUGAUUAGGUUUUCUUCACUUACCGCACAUCCCAGCUUCACGCUCACUUGGUCUGAGUUUAAAUAUCGCAUUAAAAUCAGACGAAAAGCUGCAGAAAUUAUAUGCAAAAACAAGCAAUUAAGCUCGGGCUAAAAGCACUUCUCUGACUGCGGUUGUGAAGACUAAGCAAUGGGUUUUUAAAAGGAUGACUUGUAAUGUUCAGAGUGUUGGGAACAUUAUUAAAAAUGCAAGCAGCUGAGGUGUACAUAUGGGUGUUCCUAUUUAUGAGCUGUACAAUAUAUUUAUUUUCUACAUAUAAAGUAUAAAUGUAAAUCUAUAUAUUAAUUUAUUGCAAAGACUUUAUUUUGUAAUGAACUUGAAGUUAUCUGGACUGCAGAUUCUACUGAAUUGACCCCCCCAGAAAAAGCAAUCAAAAAAUGAAGAACUGCAAUGAAACGCGACAAUAAAAUUGUCCUGCUAUCGAGACAUCAUUGUGAGAGACCAUUUUUGCUUGCAUUAAAGUCUGUACCAAU